AUGGAGGAUGGAAGGGGAGAUGAAGUCAAGGAGACGGAGGAUAUUCAUACAGGCCAACGUCCCUCCUCGAGGAAUUCGCGGGCGACCUCGAAACAUGAGGGGCACCUCGUCCUACAGCAACACCAGUCUGCUGCUGAAAGCCAUUACUUGUCGCUCUCGGAGGUCGAGCCGGUCAACAUAGAUGUGAGGAAGCUGGGAGUGGUAGUGGAUGUUUCCCCAUUUGCUUCACCCCUUGCGAGGUUCGGGAUCGGUCAGCGGAAAAGAGCAGAAGAUGGGGAGCAGCCUUCGGAAAAGAAACAAAUCUUGCAUUCGGUUUCCGCCUCUAUGAAAGCUGGUACUCUUACUGCAAUAAUUGGUGGAAGCGGGAGUGGUAAGACGACGAUGUUGAACACGAUGGCCGAACGGAUGACUAGUGGACGAGUGUCGUUCGAAGGUUCCACCACCUUCAAUGGGCUACAAGGUGUUCGGAGUGUGCGUUCUGCAUAUGUCAUGCAACAGGAUGUUCUACUGCCGACACUUACAGUUCGCGAGACUCUUCAGUACUCUGCGGAUCUGAGACUCCCGCCGCCGACGACCGAAGAGGAACGCAAGAAAGUUGUAGAUGAAGUUAUCCUGGAACUCGGGCUGAAAGAAUGCGCGAAUACGAGGAUAGGAAAUCAUCAACAUAAAGGAUGUUCAGGUGGAGAGAAGAGACGUACGAGUAUCGGAGUACAGCUCCUUAGCAAUCCUAGUGUUUUGUUUCUGGAUGAACCAACAACCGGCUUAGAUGCAACAAGUGCUUUCCAACUCAUCAGGACCCUCAAGACCUUGGCCCAGAGAGGGAGGACCAUCGUAACGACCAUCCAUCAGCCUAGGUCAGAAAUUUGGGGUAUGUUCGAUGGUCUGGUAAUCCUCACCAGAGGGAGCCCAGUCUUCUCUGGAUCCGCAGAAAGUUGUCUACCUUGGUUCAACAAAGUUGAGAUGGAGAUGCCUGAUUUUGUCAACCCGGCGGAGUUCUUAAUUGACGUCGCGGCCGUUGACAAUCGAUCACCCGAACUCGAAGCAGCUUCGUUGCAGCGAGUUGACCGCUUGAAGACAGCUUGGGCUCUAGAAAGCGACAGGCUUUACACAUCAAAUGAGAAAGCGACCAGUGAGACCAGCAACAAAGCCCAAACAUUAACUGCGCCGGUUCGAUCGCCAUUCUGGCGGCAAACAAAAGUCCUCACAUCCCGGGCGCUUGUAACAACUUGGAGAGAUUCGCUUGGAAUGACGGGGUCACUCACAGAAGCUGUGGGAAUGGGCGUGAUUACAGGUUGGAUAUUCUACGGAUUGUCUCGCGAUCAAUCCGGAAUUCGCAGUCGUCAGGGCGCUAUCUAUAACGCAGCCGCGCUUCAAGGUUAUCUGAUACUUAUGUUUGAGACAUAUCGCUUGACUGUUGAUAUUCCGCUUUUCGAUCGCGAGCAUAAUGAAGGGGUUGUAGAUGUCACACCUUUUCUUUUGAGUAGGAGGUUGGCAAGAUUUUUCACUGAGGAUCUACCAGUACCCAUCAUAUACACGGCGAUAUAUUACUGGAUGGCAGGUUUAAGACCGGAAGUUGAUGCGUUCUUUACGUUCCUUGCCAUCAUGUUAAUAUCUCAUUUCAUCGCUGUUACGUACGCAAUGGCUUGUGUAGCUGCUUCUCGAAACUUUGCGGGUGCCUCCCUCAUCGCUAAUCUGGGCUAUACGGUGCAGAGUAUGGCAUGCGGUUUCUUUGUUCAGGCAAAUGAAAUUCCUGUCUACGUGAGAUGGACCAAGUGGACAGCAUACGUCUUCUAUUCCUUCGGAGCACUCGCCUCGAACGAGUUCGUUGGAUCGUUUUAUGAUUGUCCCUUACCUGGUGGGGAAUCCAAUCCAGCUUGUGCACAGUAUACUGGCGCAUUCAUCAUGGAUUCGUUAGGAUUUCCAGGUAAUUGGUUAGUCCGGCCAAUCAUCAUCUUGCUCGCUUUUGUGAUAAUGUUCUACACAUGUGCCUGGAUUGGUCUUAGAUUCUUGAAGGUUGAUAUGAAUAUUGCCAAAGCUCGGCAUUCUGAAGAGGACUUGUCCUUUGGAAAGGAAAGAAUGACAGCUCGAUCUGUUGGAGAGGUGCGGACAAUUGAUAUUGGCCUCGACGACUUCGCUCUUGAUCUCGACAAAAGGAAUAUCUUAGGUCAGAAGCAGCCCAAAAAGACUAUCCUAUACCCGGUUACCGCUCAGUUCAAAGCUGGGUCUCUGAACGUGAUCAUGGGCCCUAGUGGUUCUGGCAAAACGUCGCUGCUCAAUUCUAUGGCACUUCGUCUGAACAACAGCUUCAGCACUCGAUAUAGGCAUUAUGGCAACAUGACAUUCAACGGCGCUAUCCCAACCGAAUCUGUUAUCAGAUCUGUCUGUUCUUACGUCUGCCAGGAUGAUGAUGCAUUGCUGCCGUCUCUUACUGUCCGUGAGACACUCCGAUUCGCAGCAGGACUUCGCCUACCAUCUCACAUGACGAAGCAGCAGAAGCAUCAGCGCGCAGAAGAAGUGCUAUUAAAACUUGGUCUCAAGGACUGCGCCAAUAACUUGAUUGGAUCUGAUAUGAUCAAAGGCAUAUCCGGAGGAGAGAAACGUCGUGUUUCAAUUGCUGUCCAAAUCCUGACUGAUCCACAAAUUCUCUUCCUAGACGAGCCAACAUCAGGACUUGACGCGUUUACUGCCUCCUCUAUACUGGAAGUUCUCGAGGGAUUGGCCAGUGAAGGUAGAACUCUUGUAUUGACCAUCCAUCAAGCUCGCUCGGACUUGUUCGCUCACUUUGGCAACGUCCUUCUGCUUGCUCGUGGUGGAUCCGCUGUAUAUGCAGGGGAUAGUCAAGGCAUGCUACCCUAUUUCGACAAACUCGGAUUCCCUUGCUCAAGAAACACCAAUCCUGCCGAUUUCGCUCUCGACCUCAUCACUGUGGACCUUCAACACUCUUCUCGUGAAGAAGCUAGUCGUUCGAAAGUUCAAAACCUCAUUGCCAAUUGGAGAACUGGAGCAUUCAAUGGCAGUCUCCAUCCAACUUCGAUCUCGACUCCGGCUGAGCUGGGAGCCAUGAUCCGCAAACCUUCCGGCUUCUUCUCAGCAUACCCGAUUCUCGUCCAUCGAGCAUUCAUAAACUUCAGACGUCAACCACCACUCAUCAUGGCACGUAUCAUGCAAGUCGUCGGUUUGGCUGUUAUUCUUACGCUGUUCUUCGCACCAUUAAAGCACAGUUAUUUCUCAGUACAGACCCGUCUUGGAUUUGUGCAAGAAUUCUGCGCCUUUUAUUUUGUCGGUAUGCUGCAGAAUGUAGCAGUAUAUCCAAUCGAGAAAGACGUUUUCUACCGCGAAGACGACGAUGGAACCUACGGAGUCGAAGCUUUCUUUGCUCAGUAUCUUACCCUCGAAGUACCUUUCGAAAUAAUUUCCUCCUUCAUCUUCGCCAUAUUCGUAGAUUUGGCAGCAGGACUUCCACGCACAGUAACCAUGUUCUUUGUCUGCGUGUUCAACUGUUUCUGCAUCGUCAGCUGUGGCGAGAGUGCUGGCAUCAUGUUCAACACUCUUUUCGCACACACCGGGUUCGCGAUCAACAUCACAUCUCUCUUCCUAGGUCUCGCCCAGGUCAUGUCGGGCGUCAUGUCCAUCAACAUGCCCGCCUUCCUGAAAGACAUGAACUACCUCUCCCCUCUUGGCUUCGCGAUGCGCAAUCUCGCACCGUACAGCGUGCGAGACAUCAUGUUUACAUGCGAAGACUACCAGAGACUGCCUAAUGGAGCGUGUCCUAUCACCACCGGCAAAGAGGUCUUGGAUCUGUAUAAGUUAGAUACGAACCCCAGACUCAAUCUCCUGUAUUUGGGCAUCUGCACUAUCGUCUAUAGAUUACUCGCAUACGCAUUAUUGAAGGCAGCAAGGAUGAAAUGGGGCGUGGGCAGGAAAAUCGAGGCUCGGCAUGAGGUUGAGAGGAGCGAGGUUGAGACCUCUGUUACUUCCUCUUCGGAGGGCUGGAAGGAAUUCGCCCCUGUUGCUGAGGAGGACGUCGCGGUUUCUAGAGUAGAGGUGGAUGAGCCUAAGAGCAGGACGGUCAAAGAAGAAGUUUAG